AUGAGCAAGUACCACGGCCUACCCGACAUAGAUACCGCGCCGGACGUGUUUGAAACGGCGGAUGGGCCCGAGGCGUCCCUUCGGCAGUCUCAAGACGGCGCGAACGACGACGAUGUACCGAGAGCAGUGUCAGAGGGUAUCGAUCAGUCAGCCCUCCCGGGUCGUCGUGGCGUGGAAAAGGCGUUUGGCCGAACGAGGAGAAAAGAUGGGUCGUAUCAGCUCGGCCUCCCACCUCUAUCUCGCUCAUCCAGCUCCUCGUCAUCCGAAGGACCCUCGUCUUCCCGUCCCCGUGAAACGCCCGCUGCGCGUAUACGCCGGCUCAAAGCGGAGCUCGAAGAGGUCGAGAAGGAGGUAUCGGCCUCCGCAAUCGAGAAAUUCGCCGGGGAAGAAGAGGGCUCGGCAUCAGGCGCCAGCACGAGCAAAUUGCCGGCAAAGCGAAAGUCCGUGCUGCCACCUAGGAAGGGGAUGGAUCUGGUCGGCGAGCUGGCGGGACUGAGGAAGCGGCUCGAGGUGCUCGAUCAGGAAGAUGGAGGGAGUAAAGUGGAAGGAACGAGCUCUGGAGGUAUAGAAGACCGGCUCAGGCGGUUGACGGUGGGCAAAGCUGCAGAUGGAGGGGAAGCGGAAGAGUCUGGCGACGGUGUUGAUGAGGUGAACGGACACGAUGCUGGAGGCGGAGCGAGUGCGUCAGACCUGGACAAAAGGCUGGCCAGUCUGGAGGAGAUGAUCGGUACGAGUGGAGAAGGCUUGGAUCAGUCGCCCGGUACACCCCUCCUGCCCUCCUUGUCCAAGCUGGACCACCUCCUCUCCGUCCUCUCCCAUCCACGCCAUCUCGACCUUAUAUCCCGCCGCCUGAAGCUCCUCCUCGUCGACCUAGACCGCGCCGCUGCGUCUUCUAGGCGGACACCUUCCUCUCACAUACAAAAUGCCGCCGCUCCUCCUUCCUCCCUCGCCCUAUCGGCUCCGGAACAUGCCCAGCUGCAGACCCUCUUCGCCCUUUUACCUCGGCUUGACCCGCUCCUCCCUAUACUCCCCCCACUGAUGGCGAGACUGCGGAGUCUGGCGGGCUUGCAUACACAGGCAGGCAGGGUGGUGGAGGAUCUGAAGAAGCUAGAAGGGGAGGGAGCGAGGAGAGGGGAGGAAGUCAAGGAGCUUAAGGCGGUGGUUCAGUGUGUGCAAGAAGGGGUGGAGGAGAGCGGCAGAAAGGCGCUGGGGAAUUGGGCGGCGGUGGAGAAGCGGAUGAAGGAUCUCGAGGGAAGACUGGCGAGGUUGAAUGGGGAAUCUUGA